UGAAACUUGUAUAAAUAGUUCGAAUCCACCUGAAAACACUGAAAACGAUUUCAUUUCCAGUGAAACGACACAGCAGUUGUUGCAGUUGAAGAUAACUUUGGCCAACAGUAGUUUUAAUAUUGAUGGAAUUGAUUGCAAAUCAACGAUCGAUUAUAAUGAAAUUUUCAUGGACGAUUUAAUGGCAUAUUCCUAUAAAUCCAAACCGAAUUUUGAGUUAACAUAUAAAGAAGAUGACGGACGAAUUUCAUUGGCAUAUGAACAUUUACCCGCUAUACCGAGAAAGAUAGCCGACAAAUUUGCACUCCGAACACAUACACUCGAUUUGAGCCACAAUAAUAUCAAAGAUCUGAUGUUUUUAUCAAAUUUCAAAAUACUGCACACACUAAUUCUUGAUAAUAAUAUAUCGUUAAAUGAAAAGACAUUACCAUUUUUGCCAAGUGUGCGCAUUUUGUGGCUGAACAAAUGCGGGAUAAGACAAUUGGCAAAAUGGGUGCAUCGAAUAAACAUUUGUACACCAAACAUACAACAACUAUCACUAAUGGGCAAUCCUGGUAUAAGGUCAACAUUCAAUGGUGGCUCAUCGCUUGAAAAUAACGAUUACAUGAUGUAUGUAAUUGGUAAUUUACCAUACUUGGAAGUAUUGGACGAUGCGAGAAUAACCGAUGAUCAACGUGAAGUGGCCAUAGCAAAUGUCAGUUCGCUUGCAAUCAACGGAACAGCAUCCAUUAAUUUUCACAAACAUUAUACGAGUGAAAUAACAAACCGGCCAACUAUUUUGAAACAUGAUGCCAAAGCAAUUCGACAUUUUGGUCAACUCGUGCCCAAACGAAGUACCUACAAAUUUGAUGGAGCUUGAAUGUUACUUUUUUC